UUAGUUUCUAAUUGAACACGAAACGUGAAAGUUUAAAAAUCGACUACCAAAAUUUACUAACUAACGGUUUUAGUUAACAAAAAAAAAAUAAAUAUAAUUAAAAAUAAAGUAAUAAAUACACAUUAGUCAAUAAUUUAAUUUUCCAAUACCUAAAAAUAUUAAAAGUAAAUUAAAAUUAUUGGAAACAAUUUUUUUAAAUAUUCUAAAAUUUAAACCAACGACAACCAAAAGAAUUAUUGAAUAUGGGUUGUGCCACAACUACUGUUAAAAUUGCUUCCAUUAUUUUCAAUAUUUUAUUGGCGAUAAUUUCCAUUGGAGGCAUAAUAUUGAUCUCAUUUAAUCCAGACUAUUUUCGAGAGGAAUUAUCCAUUGGUUACUACACAACAUUAUCUCUCUGCGUGAUCUUUGCAUUUUUAGGAAUUUUUGCCACAAUACGAGAAUCUGUCUGCCUGACGGCGACUUGCGCUGUAUUCCUCUUGGCAUUGACCUUGAUAAACAUUGCGAUCGCACUCAUUGGCAUCAACAGUGGCGAACACAAUGGCGUCGAGGCGGUAAAUAAGGCCUGGGAAACAAAUGCCAUGGAUGAAUUACAAACGCAUCAUGACUGCUGUGGCAAGACAAGUUCCAACGAUUAUGUGCUCAUGAAUAUAGCAAUUCCAGCCAGUUGUUAUGCUGAUCAGGAUCCAUCGGAUAUUCACAAUCUAUUCACUGAAGGUUGCAGUGAGAAAAUGGUCAAAUAUUACGAAGAAGAAUCUUAUCGUUUUGCUAUUUUGUCAUGGAUUUGUGUAGCAUUUGAGUUUUUCGGUUUCCUGUUGACAGCUUUCUUGGUCAUUAACUUCCGCAAUACCCAAAGACGCAUGCAAUUUUAAUAGAAUCAAAUUCCAUCUACAAUUGAGUAGAAUACCAAAUUUAUAAUAAAUUUGCCAAUACAAAUAUAUAUUAUGUAAAAAAAAAUAAAUAUUUAAUUAAAUAUUAACUCGACCACCAGUAUCGUAACCAGUACCACCUUUUAAUACAGACGAUUCUUAUGGAAAAUGUAAAAAUUAAUGAAAGGACAACAAUUAUUAUUAAGAAAAAAACAAUUUUAUUGUCGUGCAAUUGAUAUCAUGUAAAACUUUUAUUUAUUUUAUAUACAACAAUUUAAUAUUAAAGUGAAAUUUGUAAAUUAUUUUUAUUAUUACUUUUAGUUUAAACAAAAUUAUUAGAAAUAAAUAAAUAAAUGAAAAUUUACUUAAUUUAAUAGA